UUGUCCUGAGUAUUUGACGGUCGGAUGAGUCGGUAGGGAGGCACAGUUGAAGAACGCUGGCAGUAUCGAGGGUCACAGGAAUGUAUAGUAAACACAGGCAGAAAAAUGCCCACACAUCCUCGGCACAGUGUGGACGUGUGCUCGCUCUUCUUUGUUUCCUGGUGCUGAACGGCGCAGUGGAAGGAGCCCCCAGACACGGAGCCCAUAGACACGGAGAGCGAGUGUUUUCAGGGGGAGAAACGUUUCAUCACUCAUCCAAGUGGCUUCAGUCUCAGUCUCAUCUGAUUGCAGGGCUGCACAAGGGAAGGACAGUGAUGGUGGAAUGGAUUUCUCCAAGUCAAACAAAGAAGCAUACAGAACCUGCCACAAAGGAGGAAUAUCCAGUCAGAGGAAAGAUCUUGCUCUCAUUCAGUGACCUCCAGCUGGUGCUUCAAGUGGAACAUAAUCAUGAGCUUUUGGGUCGAGAUUUUACAGAGACAUACUACACAGAGGAUGGGAAACCUGUGACUCUUACUAAUCACAAUUACACUGAUCAUUGCUUCUACCAUGGCCAUGUAAGAAAACAUCCAGAUUCCUGGGUUGCACUCCGCACAUGCUCAGGAUUCAGAGGGCUGAUAUCACUGAAUUCUAGUGACACCUACUACCUGGAGCCAAUCAGCAGUGUAGAUCCAGUCUACCACUCACUGUUGAGUACCAAGGAGCUGCCAAUUAAGGGUGGAAACUGCUACCACACGCAUCACACCACACAUCCCAACCUUAUCUCUAAUCUGCUCACAUCAUUUCAUUCAAGGGUUAAAAGGAAUACCUUGGGUACGACUAAGUACAUAGAACUGUACAUUGUGGCGGACAAUACAUUGUUUCGACGACAGAAUCAAGACUAUGAAAAGACCAAGGCGAGGAUAAUGGAAAUUGCUAAUUAUGUGGAUAAGUUCUACAGGGCUCUGAACAUCCGUGUUCCUCUCAUUGGUCUGGAGGUUUGGACUGAAAGAGAUCAGUGCAUCAUCACCGAGGAGCCAAAUGCAACCCUUUGGUCCUUCCUCCAAUGGAGACAGAAGCUAAAAUCACGCAAGAAGCAUGACAAUGCCCAGUUGCUUACGGGUGUGAUAUUCAAGGGGACAACUAUCGGCAUGGCACCACUGGAGGGGAUGUGCAGCCUGGAAAACUCUGGAGGCAUCAAUGUGGACCACUCAGAGCUGUCCAUUGGUGCUGCAGCCACCAUGGCCCACGAGAUUGGCCACAACUUUGGGAUGAGCCAUGACCACGACAGCUGCUGUGUGGAGGCCACUGCCGAUCAGGGAGGCUGUGUGAUGGCUGCUGCCACCGGGCACCCAUUCCCUCGAGUCUUCAGUUACUGCAGCAAACGCGAUUUGGACCGCUAUUUCCAGAAGGGAGGGGGCAUGUGCUUAUAUAACAUGCCCAACAUGAAAGACCUGGUGGGGGGCAAGAAGUGUGGCAACGGCUUUGUGGAGGACGGAGAAGAGUGUGAUUGUGGAGAACCAGAUGAAUGUGAAAACGACUGCUGCAAUCCCAAUAACUGUACCUUGAAGGAGGAGGUCCAGUGUGCCCAUGGAAUGUGCUGCGAGGGGUGCAAAUUGAAGCAGGCGGGUACCAUGUGCCGGCGCCCAGCAGGAGCAUGUGACCUUCCAGAAUACUGCACUGGGGCUUCUCCUUACUGCCCUGCCAAUGUUUACCUGCUGGAUGGCUCCUCCUGUCAAUACGGAAUGGCGUACUGCUACAAUGGCAUGUGCCUCACCCAUGAACAGCAGUGCUUGCAGCUCUGGGGCUAUGGAGCUCAACCGGCCCAUGAUGUCUGCUUUGAAGAUGUCAAUGCAGCAGGAAAUGCUUUUGGAAAUUGUGGGAAAGAUGAACAUGGCAACUAUGUGAAGUGUAAGAAAAGCGAUGCCAAGUGUGGGAAGAUUCAGUGCCACAGUGCUGCCACAAAGCCAAAAGGCACCAAUGCUGUGUCAAUCGACACUACCAUCAAGACUGGAGGCACAGAGGUGAAGUGUCGUGGCACAUACGUCUACAGCACCCAGGAUGGCCAGGGUGACCUGCCUGACCCGGGUCUUGUCAUGACUGGCACCAAGUGCGGAGAGGGCAAGGUGUGCAGAGGCCGCAGAUGCCAAAAUGCCUCUUUUACUGAGUUAGAGACUUGCCUUGCACGCUGUCACAACAAUGGGGUGUGUAACAGCAAUGGGAACUGCCACUGUAAUCAAGGCUGGGCACCACCCUUCUGCGAGAAGCCAGGACUCGGUGGCAGUGUGGACAGUGGGCCUGUCCAGUAUGGCAGUCAGGUGGGUCUGGUGGCUGGACUGCUGUUUGCCUUCUUGGUGGUCUUACCUGCAGUGCUGCUGGUCUUCUACUGCCACAGGAUCAAGACUUCUUAUUACCAUAAGUGGCUUUCCCAAAGAAAAAAGAACACAUGCAAGAAGAUGGAGGGAUCAGCAGAUAAACGAAAGAAUGGCCAUCUUAAUCCUGCCUUUCACCUGAAAGUUGUAGGACCAGUCAACAAAGUUAAUGGCCACAAGGGGAUUUCUCACACCAGCAAAGAGGUCCCAUCUCUUAGACCAGGCCUAAAGGGCACCCACCCAGUCAACAUAGUGCGACCUCUGAGACCUGCCUCAUUUGCCAAGGGUGGUCCACGGUCUCUUCCAACUGGCAAGCAUCCAGUGGAAACACCCAAAUCCCCACCAACACCUCAAAGACUGAAACCGCCAAAGAAACCUCUACCCCUUACUCCAGCACGAUCUCCCCUGUUGGUGUCUGAGCUGCAGCCCACACCCCAAUUCCCUCCUCAGAGGCCUCUCCCCUUGAGCCCUACCAGAGCAGUCUCCCCCCAAGUGAGUCCAGUCCAGACCUCACUCUCCAAAGCCACUCCAGGCCUACUGGUCAUGAUGCCCUCAUCAGCAGGACCUAAACCUGCAGGCAAAGUCUCUGCCAUCCCACCUUUCAGAGCUAUCAGACCGGUUCCAGGCACCAAAUUAAACACAGCUUCACAUCCACCAUGAAAAUGAUCUUCUUCUGGCCUCUCCUCUCUGUUUUGAGGUGGGCAGUAGCUGACAGCCUAUUUGCACUAAAGAGACUUUGGCUGUUGAACCACAGAGAUAUCACAGAAAUUAGAGGAGAACAAAACACAAAACUGAAAAUGGAGAGACAGAGGACCAAGCUAACUUAACCGCAAUGAUUAAGUGGUCAAGUGGUUGUCCAAAUAGGCCUUGCAGACUAACACAAGUGUAAUUGUUGGGGGAUGGUCAAAUUUACCCAGUUAAUUUUUAGGGUUUUGUUUUGUUUUUGCUAAUGUCCAUCUAUAAAAAUGCAUUUUGUAAUGACUUCUGUUUUGUUUACAGUUUGUUUCGUGUCACAUGGUAUGAUUUAUUAUAUCCACCAAAGAGAUCUCGGCAUUCCUGAGGUGUCCUGAAAGCUUGAAAAUAAGUUGAAAAAUAGUUUACUAUGAGUCACCUCAUCUAUACUUCUACGUUUUCUAAUUUAUUCUAUCAUAAGAUCAAUGUUUGAAGUCUAAAUCCAGAAAUACUGGCACAUAUGAUUUCAUAGGAAAGCUAAUGACACAGCAGCUUUUUAUCAACACUGUUUACAUGCUAGAGGGGUAGAUGGAGGCCUGCAGGACACACAUGGGUGGUUUUUUUCUUGAUUUAAAUGUGUUUUCCUAUGAUAAUAAAUGGUUACAUAAAAUAUUUUUUACAAAACUAUCAAGGUUUAUUUUUCUCCUUUUUUAAACCUUUUUAAACUUGUGACUCUAAAAUAAAGAUUUUGUGGAAAUAUUACUAAGGAUUUUUCUCUCUUUUGUCUGCUUGUAAGAUCUGUUUCACGAAUUCCCAUGGCCCUCAAAUUUAAGCAGAGACAAAAUUCUGUUUUAGCCUAAUCCAAAUAUUGUGUAGAUGUUAAUGGCUUUUAUACUACCCCUAUCUGUAUGUAAUCUCUCCCUAUUGCACUUACUGCUCUUGCAUUUCUGAUUAGAUGCAAAU